CACAUGGCGCACAAAGCCAAAGAUAGAGUAACAAAUCAGGAAUUUCCCUCCUGCCACUCCUGAGAGCGCAAGAGAGGACAAAAGUUACGGAUUAAGCGCGUCUCCUCAGAGAGGACAAAGCGAAAGGCAGCUAAUUCGUCUCAAUAUUUUUUUGUCAAGAUUACCAUCAAUCCACAGGUUUCCGCACGCGUUGAGGACAUUAUAUUGGAAAAGAAAAAAGUUAUUUCUGUGUCAUUAUGUGUCUGGACCCUUGAGCUUUGCAUGAUGGCUUCUUUCAGAAACUUUGAUGGAAUAAAUGGCGCACUGCAGGAGAAGAAGGUUGAUGAAGAAAACUGUGAUUGUCGAGUUUUGGUUUUGUGACUUUUCACAUGGUGGGAUUGUUGUCGCUGGACACUUUUGUUGCUGCUGAGUUUCUCGAUGGCGUAGGUGGUCGCAAGACUUUUUAAAACACCUCAAAGACCUAAGGAUUUCGUAUUUCUAAAGCAAGAUACAUCUGGAUUAUGUGCGUGAAAGAAAUUUGGAGUGUUUAACACAAGUGAAAAGCCACCAUUGUUAGUUCUGGAGGAGGGAAAUGCGGAGUAAAAACGGCGUCUAGAAGGAUGCUGCUGCUUGUACAAUGGAAGUGAAGAACUCUUUUGCUGUCGUUGCGGUGGUUUGUCUCUUCUUUUGCUCAAGUUUCAGCCAAGAACUCAACCCUAAAGGCAGGAAUGUAUGCAAAGCACCUGGGUCAUCGGGAUGGGUGUGCUGCGGUGGAUGGGGGCAGCUAGGGGAUGAAUGCCUGACACCUCUCUGUGAAGGCAACUUUACCUGCAAGGAAAAUGAGGUGUGUGUCAGGCCGAAUGAAUGCCGCUGUCGUCACGGAUACUUUGGAGCUAGCUGUGACACUAAGUGCCCUGCCCAGUUCUGGGGCCCUGACUGCAAGGGGAAGUGUAAUUGUUACCCCAACGGCCAGUGCGAUGACUUGACCGGCGAGUGCACCUGCAACCACAAUCGCUGGGGACCAAACUGCGAGAACGCAUGCUUAUGCCAAAAGGGCAAAUGUGAUCAAGAGACGGGCAAAUGCACAUGCCACCCCGGCGUCUGGGGUCCCCAGUGCAACAACAACUGCUACUGCAGCAUCAACUCCAUCUGUGAUAACAUGACAGGGCGUUGCAUGUGCAACCCCGGCUGGACGGGGAGGAACUGUGCAAUCCAGUGUAACUGUAACGGUUCACCGUGUGACCAGUUCACGGGACGUUGCCAGUGCCGCGAGAGGCUGUGGGGCCCACGGUGUGAGCGAUACUGCCAGUGCAUCCACGGCAAAUGCAAUCAAGCCGAUGGCUCAUGUACCUGCACACCAGGAUACCGUGGGAAGUUCUGCAGGGAACCAUGUCCUGCUGGAUUCUAUGGUCAAAACUGCAGGAACAGGUGUGGGCACUGCAAGGGCCAGCAGCCCUGUAAGGUGACGGAGGGACGCUGCAUCACCUGCGACAGAGGCUGGAACGGGACACGGUGUGAUCAGCUCUGCUCCAAGGGCUUUUUUGGCGAAAACUGCCAGGAAGUGUGUCCCACCUGUAAAGACGGUCACCACUGCGACCCCAUUCAUGGCAAGUGCUCUCACUGCAACCCCGGCUGGAUUGGGGACAGGUGCGAGGUGCGCUGCCCCAACGGCACGUACGGCGAGAACUGUGAGAACAACUGCAGCCACUGUUUUAACGGCAUCUGUCACGUUGUCACUGGAGAGUGCCUGUGUGACCCGGGCUUUUACGGCACCUACUGCAAUAUGACCUGUCAACCUGGCCAGUACGGAGUGAACUGCAACCAGACCUGCUCUUGCCACGACAAGAACUGUGAUCCUGUGUCUGGUGCCUGCUAUCUUCAGCCCAACCAGCGGAUGGGUGUGAUUGCGGCUGGAACCCUGGUCUCCUUUUUACUGAUUGUCCUGCUCUCGCUGCUGUGCUGCUGCUGCCUGUGUCGACACAAAGACGACCACAACAAAAAAGCCAAGCGGAUCCUGUGUGGACGAUUCAGCCGAAUCAGCACUAAACUUCCCCGUAUUCCACUGAGGCGACAGAAACUGCCCAAAGUAGUCGUAGCCCACCACGACCCAGAGAACACCUUCAACUGCAGCUUCAUCGAACCCCCCUCAGUGGCCGAGCAGCCCUCCCCCUCCUCCUGGUCAUCCCAGGAGUCCUUCUCUUCCUUUGAGAGCGGAGAUGACGGGCCAGUUUACUGUGUGCCCCAUGAAGAAUCUGUGACUGAAAGCAAAGAGAAGCGCAGCCCCAGCCCAGCAACAGAGAAGCCAGAGGUCGUCUGUAAUGAGGACGAUGCAGGGGAGUACACCUCCCUGAAAGACACCAGUGUCACAAAACCAGAAGGCAGUGAGCAGCCCCUGCUCAAGUCUUCUGACAGUGAAGGCUCCACCAGCGGUUCUGAGUCCACAACUGCGGCUCUUUACGCCCGCAUCGCCCGCCUCUCCAAGCAGUCCAAGGAGGAUGACAGUAGUGGCAAGGACGGGGAUGGCACUCCUACACCAGAGGCCAAGCGCAAUGGAAAACCACCACCUUCACCUGGCAAGCCCAAACCACGCCCACCAGACCCAUCUACUAAGCCCAAGAUAUCAUGGAUACAUGGAAAUACCACAGGGUCUCCCCAGCCAGAGCAGCAGGGACAGGGGGGAAUGAAGGCACUGGCAGUGCCAAAGGAGAAGAAGAGGAGCUCGAGCGAUGGCUCAGCCAAGAGUGAGGAGAGGCAGAAAAUGAAGGAGAGGAACCGCGAGCAGCAGAAGAAACAGGAGGGGAAGGAGGCAGACACCAACGGCUCCCCCAGUAAACACAAACCUCUGCGAGGUAAGAAGUCUGGGGAUGAGCACAGCAGUCCCAGUCACAUGGAGCACAUUAAUGGUGUUGUUCAGAAUGCCCUGAAGAAGAUUAGUAGCUUUCACAGCUCUUCAUCUGAGAAGAAGAGUGCUGACAGUCCAAAGGAGACCCCCAAAGAGCCACCCAAGAGCCCUAAGGUCAUCCAUCCUCAUAUGAACUCUGAGGCUGCGACACUGCUGGCUGCUCAGCUGAAGGAGAAAACCCAAAGCAUCAACAGGAACGAGGGGACAGGCCUGACGAAGACCAACGGUCUCUCCACACCCAAGGGACACCGAGAGAAGCCCACACCUCCACAGAAAGCCAAGAGGACCCCCUCCAGUGGAUUGAGCCAGCAGGGCUCCACCAAGCCCCUGCUGCCCACCUCGAGCAGCCUCCAGAAGAUGGUGGCUCCCGUCACUACCGACCUCGGGACCCCUGAUGCCAAGAGCCCGGAGAAGCAGGACUUGAACGGCUCAAGGUCAGGGGACCCAACGCUGGAUCCUACGCCAAAGAAGACUCCAAUAAAAAAGCCACCCAGGAAGAAAGGCAAGGAGGGUACUUUGGAUACACCUGAAAGUAAAAUGCCCCAGCAAAAGACAGCCAUCAUGCCACCGCAGGUAGUGAAAUAAGUGGUUUUAAAAGACAAAUGUUGUGAUGGAUUUCAAAAAGACUAAAAAUGGAUUUGUUGUUGAACCACAUAGUUUUUCAAUCAAGGAAUUUAAACGUUUUCCUGUGUGAGUGUGCUGUGACUUCAGGACCAGCCAAGAGUGAGAAAUGCUUUUUAAUCGAGGGCAUAUUGGUGAGUUGUAUUAUAAUGACCUCUAUACACCAUUGUAUUACAUUUCAAGAAUCCUUUUUUUUUUUUUUGUGUAACAACUAUGUAUCAAUCUCACACCACAACCUGUGGCAACGCCGGACACAACUGUGAGAACAGUGGCACUCAGACGUUAUCCAUAGUUCAUUCAUCUCUAUUCCUCUGCAGUAUGUCCACCACUAUAUUUAUAUAUGGGUUGCUUUUUGAGGUUACAUAACUAUAAUUUGCUAUGCAGGCGUCAGGAAAAAAAUAGCUAUUUUUAUGUACGCGCUCCACAGGUACUAAAGGUACUAAAAAUUUGGAUCCUCUGAGGAUUGCAAGCUAUUUGUUUUUGUUUGUUUUCUCAUUUCAAAGGACCAACUUGCACAAAUACAGUUAGAUAUAAGUUCGAUAUAAUCCUCAUUUUUUGAUGUUAAAGCUACUCUUCGCGGUUCCACAUGUUGCUACUAGAGCAGGUUUCAGGUUGUGACCUCAUGCUAUUAGCAGUGUUUUGUACGCCAGAGAAAACACACGUAAUGCUACAUUUAUGACUUAAAUGUUCUCCCCACUUGUGAGUCUCCUUUAAAGGUCCCAUAUUUUACACAUAUCCAUAAGAAGAUAUAUUUGUGGUUUUAAGCACCAAAAAACAUCUCAGUGUAGUUUUACAUCUCCUCUCUCGGGAGCUCUAGCAACAACAGGUCAGUCAGCCAAUCAGAAGAGAGUCUCUGGGCCUCUUUUCUGAUUGGCUUACUGUUUCCUCAGUGAUCAAUCAGAAAAAUAAAGCAGAUUUCAGGUAAACACUCCAAGAUACCAAAUCCUGCAAGGUUGGAUGGUGGGUCAAGGUGGGCGGGGCUUUGGGCAUGGCUGAAAAGCGGUGACUAUUCUGUUGUGACAUCACAAAGUUACAGAAAUCCUGCUGGCUCAUUUAUUUCUGAAUCCAGGCUGUGUUCACUUCUCUGUGGACUGAGCGCUUUGAUAAUUUCACUGUAUUAAUAUAGAACCUAAAGACGUGGAAAUCUCACUUUACACAAUAUGGGACCUUUAAUUCCUGAGCUUUAUUGUUGCUCUCAAAGCUCGCCCAAACAAGCUUUUUGAUCUUUCUGCAAAAAAGGGGGGCUAUUUUAAACCUCUUUCAUACCUCUGCUAACGCCAAAUCACCAGAAUGUGCUCUUACUGUACGUUUUAUUCAGUCAGCUAAACCACUAAGCCAAAAAUGAAACCCCGAGCUAUCCUAUGUCCUCACUUCAUGUCAUGCUUAUAAAUCACUUUAAACUCCCUUAGUUCCUCUGCAUUACAGCAACAUCUGCAGUUUCCCUAUGCUGCAUUUAAGAAAACAUACAGCAGGACAAUAUCAUCCUGUAAAUCACACGCAAUAGAUAGUUUCGUUAAAGUAGUGGCUGUUAGUAGAGCUCUCUGCAGAUCAGAUUACAGGAGGAGACAGCCAUGUGUCUUUAUUUGCUCUUUCAGUUUAGCUAAGAAACUAGGUCAAUAUCAUUUCACAAGAAUUUGUUUACACCAUCAGGGUAUUGUUUGAAAAAAAAAAAAAACAAUCUUGUUUUGAGAUGUUUUGUCCCCUAAGGACCAUAUUGUCUUAAGCUAGUAGAUCCAUUCUGAACAAGGUGCUUUCAUUUCAUUGUUGUUCAUAGGACUAAAUGGUACCGUACCUCGAGUGUUACAAUGUGCCUCAACUGUGGAUCAGUUUAAGCAAAAGGAGCUACGUUUGCCUAAAUGUUGUUGCCAACUUUUAUUUCAAGUGUUUAUCGUAAAAGAAGUCAACCAAGCAAGGUGGUGGGAUGGGAUACUGAAACUGGAAGAAUUCAGUUUGUCAAAAAGACAAAGCUUUUUUUUAGUGACUGAUGGAUAGCUAUUUUGAAAGUAGCACUUAAAGCAUGAGCUAUGAACAAUGGAUGAUAGGUUAAAGUAUGCAGCAGGUUAAUGUUCAUUGGUAUGCCUUGGGCUGAACAGCUAAUUUGAAAACUUGUCUUGGUUUUAUGUGUUUUUAUCAAGGUACAACACAUUUCUUUGAUUAUUUUUUCAACAUUUUCUACUUGUAUACAUUGUGUACUUUUUAUUAUCUUUGUAAGCUGUGCUUAUAUGACCUUUUUUUUUAGUUCUCCUGUUUUCCUUAGUGUCAGUGAACUGGCUUUCAUGUUGUAUUUGCUUUUUUUAUAUGUCGCUUAUUUUGGGCUCUGAAGCAAAACUACAGUAUGAGUACUCUCCUCCUGUAAAGUUUACAUUGGCUUUGUAAUUGUUCUCUGUUGAUGUUAUUGUUUGUAUAACACUUAACUGCAUGACGCAGAGUGUAAUUAUAUGGCAUUAAUAGCUGCACAGGAAAUCUGUAAUCUUCUUUUCUCGUUCCCUCCAGUUGUUAUCAUUGCCUCCUAUAAAAAAAAAAAAAAAAAGCUCAUACAGAAAGGAUUGUAAAAUACUACUAUGAUACCACUGUUGAAACAAUUGCAUAUACUUAAAACCAUAACAUUGUGUAAUUAUGAAGUGGCAAUUUUUAUCUGACUGGCCCGUGCCUGUUUUUAUAGGCUUACAGUGCAUUUUUUUGUAAAGAUGGGCCUGAAAAGCUGCAAAAACAUUACCAACUGUAGGCCUAAGGUGUAUUUUGUCUUUUGUGGUUUGUUUUAAGCAACUUUUGAUUUCCAUUUGUGUAUGGUCAUUAAAUUGGUGUUUCCUCAUUUACUACUUUGGAAUAAAAAAAAGCAAGACAUGUA